AUGCGGCAGUUUGUCGUGAUUUUAAUCGCCUGCGGGCUUGUUUUUGGUAAGUUUUUUUUACUUUGAUUUUUUUUUCAUUUUUAAAUUUUUAAAUUAAAAAAAAAUUUUUUACUGCAUUUUUAAAACUGUGGGCAUGGUAAAUGGAAAAAAUAGGUAACACAAAAAUAAAUUUUAAGUAACAAAAAUGGAUUUUAGGUAACAAAAAUGAAUUUAAAGCAACAAAUUAGGCAAAAAAUGAAUUUUAGGUAACAAAAAUAAAUUCUAGGUAACAAAAAUCAAUUUUAGGUAAAAAAAAUAAAUUUUAGGUAAAAAAAAAUGAUUUUUAGGUAACAAAAAUAAAUUUUAGGUAACAAAAUCACAUUCUAGUGCCCAAAAAUCAAUAAAUAAUGAAAAAUGGCCAAAAUAUUUUCUAUUAUUUUCAGCUUAUGGCCACCACCACUCCUCAACAGCAUCACCAAAGAAGCGUAGUGUAACCACAACAGAAGCAGAAAGCGAAGAAGGCAGUUUGUCCAAAGAAGUUAGCGAAAAAGCCGAAGAAGUGGCAUCAAAAGUGACCAAAAGAGUUAAUAAACGUGAUGUAUCCACCCCUACUACUCCCAAGAUUAAUAAGAGAGAUGUUUCUACUCCUACCACGCCCAAGAUUAACAAGAGAGAUACCUAUACUACGACUGUCUUGCCCAGAAUCUCAAGAGAUACAGAAGAAGAAGAUAAGAAGGAAAAGAGAGGCGUGAGUGAUGAAAAAGAUGGUAAAGAUAAGAGACAAGCCAUGACUACUACUUAUGCUCCUAGAAUGGCCAGGGACGCUAGUGAAGAAGAAGAUAAACCCAGAGUAGCUAGAGAUGUCACGUCUACUACUAUGGUCCCUAGAGUCGCUAGAGACGUUAUGAGUACUACCAAGGCAGCUAGAGUUGCUAGGGAUGUUACGUCUACUACUAUGGUACCCAGAGUCGCUAGGGAUGCUAGUAGUACCACUAAAGCAUCAAGAGUUGCUAGAGAUGCUAGUGAAGAAGUACCUACCCCUAGAGUUGCCAGACAAGCUAUGAGCACUACCAAGUCUUCCAGAAUCGCUAGACAAGCCAUGAGCUCUACUACCAAGUCCGCGAGGAUUGCUAGACAAGCAAUGAGCACUACCAAGUCCUCUAGAAUAGCCAGAGAUGCUAUGAGUACUACCAAAUCCUCUAGAGUCAAAAGACAAGCCAUGACUACUACAACAUCACCACGAAUGGCUCGAGCAGCUGAUACGACCACGUUAGCACCGAGAAUGGGCAGAGCUGUAGAUACUACUACUAUGGUGCCUAGAGUAGCCAGAGAUGUCAUGAGCACUACCAUGGUCCCUAGAAUAGUUAGAGAUGUUAUGAGUACUACUAUGGUACCAAGAGUUGCUAGAGACGUUAGUGAAGAAGAAGAUAAGCCUAGAGUUGCUAGAGAUGUUAUGUCUACUACUAUGCUCCCUAGGAUGGCUAGAGAUGCUAGUGAAGAAGAAGAUAAGCCUAGAGUUGUUAGAGAUGUCACGUCCACUACUAUGGUACCACGAGUUGCUAGAGAUGCUAUGAGUACUACCAAGUCCUCAAGAAUGCGACGUGCAGUAAUGUCAACUACUCCAGCCGCUCGAGUUGCUAGAGAUGUGAUGAGCACUACUAAGUCCUCAAGAAUCGCUAGAGACGCCAUGAGUACUACCAAAUCUUCUAGAAUAGCACGUGACGCCAUGAGUACUACUAAGUCCUCUAGAGCCAAAAGACAAGCCAUGACUACUACAACAUCUCCACGGAUGGUUAGAGCCGCUGAUACGACUACAAUGGCCCCAAGAGUCGUUAGAGACAUUAUGUCUACUACUAUGAUACCUAGGGUAGCUAGAGAUGUUACGUCCACUACUAUGGCCCCAAGAGUCGCUAGAGACGUUAUGUCAACUACUAUGGUACCGAGGUUUGCUAGACAAGCUAUGAGCACCACCAAGUCCUCCAGGAUCGCUCGACAAGCCAUGAGCACCACGAAAUCAGCUAGAAUUGCUCGGCAAGCCAUGACAACAUCAGGUGCACCAAGAGUAGCUCGUCAAAUGUCUACUACUACCGUGGCUUCUGGUCGUUAA